AUGCGGCUCCUUGCUGGCGUUGCCUUCCUCUUGGAGUGGGCCACUGCCGCCGGUUCUUUCCUGGACAAGCCCUGGCUGAUGGCAGGGCUGUUGGCAAAUCAGAUCGGCCGUGGAUUCAGGGCAGCCCAUCCCUCGGUGAGUGAGGAAGUCUCCUUUGCUGCUUCUAGAGGGGUGGAGGAGCGUGGAGCGUGCCGUGAGGACUCGGGGCCAGGAGCAGAGAAUGCUGGAGCUGCUGCUGGCUCCGAUGAAGAGGAGAAGGGCUUUGGAGAGAGGCCAUACAGCUGUGAACAUCAACCUCUCAGGCUGCACCAACCCGGAAGUGUAAAAUCAGAGACACCACCAGGAUCAGGAUGCCUGCUAGAUGGAUUGGCCUCUGCUGAUGAGGAUUAUGAUGGAGCAGGUGGCUAUGAAUACGAGGACUAUGGCAGAGAGGAGCCUGCCAGUGAUACAUCCGAAAGAGUCAAGGAUGUCGAGGCUGAGGAUGGCGAGAACUGGGAUGAUGAUUAUGAGCCCCUGCCUGUUGUGGUCCCACCAUCUGAAGAGAGAAAAUCAGUGUGGGGAUCCUACAGCGAGAGGUGCAGGCAGCAGCAGCCAGAUGAGGCCUCCCUGGACAAGCUUGGGAGCAUUGUGAGCAUGGGAGAGCCUGAGAGUAAAUACGCUGAAGCCGAAAAGCUUGGCCAAGGGAGCUAUGGAGCUGUUUAUCGUGCUGUUGAGAUGGCCACAGAACGAGAGGUGGCCAUCAAGCACAUCCGUGUGGCUCCAGAGGACGAGGAGUAUGUGAUAAAUGAAAUCCUCGUGAUGCGGGACCAUAAGAGCCCAAACAUCGUCAGCUACCUGGACAGCUAUCUGGUGGGUGCUGAGCUGUGGCUGGUCCUGGAAUAUCUGGCUGGAGGCUCCCUGGGGGAUGUGGUUAAGGCAACCCAGAUGAAUGAAGAACAAACAGCAGUGGUUUGCAGGGAGUGUCUGCAAGGUCUGGAUUGCCUUCAUUCCCACAACAUCAUCCACAGGGAUAUCAAAGGCUGUAACAUCCUACUUGGGAUGGACGGGUCUGUGAAACUGGCUGAUUUUGGCGUCUGCGCUCUGCUCACCCCUGAGCAGAGCAAGAGGACCAGCUACGCUGGAACUCCACACUGGAUGGCUCCAGAGAUCCUGAAGGAAGAGCCCUAUGGUGCCAAGGUGGACAUCUGGUCCCUUGGCAUCACGGCAGUGGAGAUGGCCGAAGGAGAGCCUCCCUUUGCCAGCGAAAGUGACAACAGGGUGUGCGAUCUGCUAGCUGCUGGUGAGACACCAAAGCUGCAGAACCCCGAGGAGCUCUCUGCUGCCCUUCUCAGCUUCCUUCAGUGCUGCCUGGAGGUGGAUGUGGACAGGCGCUGGUCUGCCAGGGACCUGCUGCAGCACCCAUUUGUGACAUCAGCGGGGCCAGUCUCCAGCCUGAUCCCGCUGAUCACUGCAGCCAAGGAAGCCAGGAACAGCGGCCAUUAGUGCCUGAGGCCGGGUCCUGCUGUGACAUCUGGG